ACUGCCUCGCGUCUCCUCUCCCGCACGGCAGCCUCGGUCUCUUUCUCCCUCUCUCCUUUGAAAACUGAUCUUUGGCUCUUAGUGUGAAAGUGAUUUGAAUUUGGCUCGGCGGCGCUCUGCGCCUGCGCUCAGCCUCUGGCAUGCUGGCUUCUUCCAAGCAGCUGUUUUGGGUUUGAAAUUCCAACAUGGCAGAGGCUGCAGUCCGUCUUCCCUUCAAAAACUUGGAAUGAUUUCAAAUCAUAGGCACCUUCACUUAACCCCGGCUUCCAUUCAUCAGCAAACACAUCGGAUCGAUGCUACGCUAACCUAUCGGGUUCUCGCUCCGCGCGUUCAGGUUAAAUGAAUACCUGACGAAAGGGCCCACGUUUCAAGGCAGUGACAUUUGAUAGCUGAGAGGAAAAGUGGCUUUAAUGAAAAGCAACCUUUGGAAUUCCUGCUUGUGAGAAAUCCAAUUCAGCUUUUUGUGCUGCCAGCAAGAAAUGAUCAGUAGCACCAGUGUUUAUGGCUUGAAGAUGCAGUGGACGCCGGAGCACGCCCAGUGGCCAGAACAGCACUUUGACAUCACCUCCACCACGCGGUCUCCCGCCCACAAAGUGGAAGCCUACAGAGGCCACUUGCAGCGCACCUACCAGUACGCCUGGGCGAAUGAUGACAUAUCUGCCCUGACUGCGUCCAAUCUCCUAAAGAAAUAUGCAGAGAAGUAUUCUGGCAUUCUGGAAGGUCCUGUGGACCGACCUGUGCUCAGCAGCUACUCGGAUACACCAUCAGGACUAGUGAAUGGCCGGAAGAAUGAAAGUGAGCCCUGGCAGCCUUCCUUGAAUUCCGAGGCCGUGUACCCCAUGAACUGUGUCCCGGAUGUUAUCACUGCCAGCAAAGCUGGAGUCAGUUCAGCCCUCCCUCCAGCAGAUGUCUCUGCGAGUAUAGGGAGCUCUCCUGGGGUGGCCAGCAACCUGACUGAACCUAGCUAUUCAAGUAGUACCUGUGGAAGCCACACCGUUCCCACUCUUCAUGCAGGGCUCCCAUCUCAGGAAUAUGCCCCAGGAUACAACGGGUCAUAUUUGCAUUCUACUUACAGUAGCCAGCCAGCACCCGCACUUCCUUCACCUCAUCCAUCCCCUUUGCAUAGUUCUGGGCUCCUACAGCCACCACCACCACCUCCUCCGCCACCAGCCCUGGUCCCAGGCUACAAUGGGACUUCUAACCUCUCCAGUUACAGCUAUCCCUCUGCUAGCUAUCCUCCUCAGACUGCUGUGGGGUCUGGGUACAGCCCUGGAGGUGCGCCCCCUCCCCCUUCAGCAUACCUGCCUUCAGGAAUUCCUGCUCCAACCCCCUUGCCCCCCACUACCGUUCCUGGCUACACUUACCAAGGUCAUGGUUUAACACCUAUUGCACCCUCGGCUCUGACAAACAGUUCUGCAAGUUCGCUCAAAAGGAAAGCUUUCUACAUGGCAGGGCAAGGAGACAUGGACUCCAGUUAUGGAAAUUACAGCUAUGGCCAACAGAGAUCUACACAGAGUCCUAUGUACAGGAUGCCGGACAACAGCAUUUCAAACACAAAUCGGGGAAAUGGCUUUGACAGAAGUGCUGAAACAUCAUCCUUAGCAUUUAAGCCAACGAAGCAGCUAAUGUCCUCAGAACAGCAAAGGAAAUUCAGCAGCCAGUCCAACAGGGCGCUGACCCCUCCUUCCUACAGUACUGCUAAAAAUUCGCUGGGCUCCAGAUCCGGCGAGUCCUUCGGGAAGUACACAUCGCCCGUGAUGAGCGAGCACGGGGAGGAGCACAGGCAGCUCCUCUCUCACACAAUGCAAGGCCCUGGACUCCGUGCAGCUACCUCAUCCAACCACUCUGUGGACGAACAACUGAAGAAUACUGACACGCACCUCAUUGACCUGGUAACCAAUGAGAUUAUCACCCAAGGACCUCCGGUGGACUGGAAUGACAUUGCCGGUCUUGACCUGGUGAAGGCUGUCAUCAAAGAGGAGGUUCUGUGGCCAGUGUUGAGGUCAGAUGCGUUUAGCGGACUGACGGCCUUACCUCGGAGCAUCCUUUUCUUCGGACCUCGGGGAACAGGCAAAACGUUAUUGGGAAGAUGCAUAGCUAGUCAGCUGGGGGCCACGUUUUUCAAAAUUGCUGGUUCUGGACUAGUCGCCAAGUGGUUAGGAGAAGCGGAGAAAAUCAUCCAUGCCUCGUUUCUCGUGGCCAGGUGUCGCCAGCCCUCGGUGAUUUUUGUCAGUGACAUUGACAUGCUUCUUGCCUCUCAAGUGAGUGAGGAACACAGUCCAGUCAGUCGGAUGAGAACCGAAUUUCUGAUGCAGCUGGACACUGUACUGACUUCGGCUGAGGACCAAAUCGUAGUAAUUUGUGCCACCAGUAAACCAGAAGAAAUAGAUGAAUCUCUUCGGAGGUACUUCAUGAAACGACUUUUAAUCCCACUUCCUGACAGCACAGCGAGGCACCAGAUAAUAGUACAACUGCUCUCACAGCACAAUUACUGUCUCAAUGACAAGGAGUUUGCACUGCUCGUCCAGCGCACAGAAGGCUUUUCUGGACUAGACGUGGCUCAUUUGUGUCAGGAAGCAGCGGUGGGCCCCCUCCACGCCAUACCAGCCACAGACCUUUCAGCCAUUAUGCCCAGCCAGUUGCGGCCCAUUACAUAUCAAGACUUUGAAAAUGCUUUCUGCAAGAUUCAGCCUAGCAUAUCUCAAAAAGAGCUUGAUAUGUAUGUUGAAUGGAACAAAAUGUUUGGUUGCAGCCAGUGAUAACAUCUUAACAAAUGUGAUGAAUGUUGGCACACACAUAAAACCUGCUACAUAGGGAAUAGAGCCCCUUUCCAGUAGUGUUUAAAUUGCAAAGGGUACUGGGGAAAACAACAAUUAAGUUGCAUCUUCAGAGUCAGGGCAGACGUGGAGAAAAAGUGCAUCACGUGAGAGCUUCCGGUGGGAGAGCCCCAGAUGACAGAAAGCAUGUGUGGAUGCUCAGUUCAGUUCAAUCUAGACAACACUCGCCAAGGAGCAAGGUGCAAGUGUGUUGAUUUCAGAAGGACAUGAACCUCGUGUGUUGAUUCCAUUCUGCUGUUCUCGAGAUUUAGUUGCUGUCAAGUGCCUGGAGUGGUGCUUUAUUUUUUGUUUGCCUCACAAUUACAUUGGUGGCAUGUGCUAAUAUAAAGAGCUUUAACUUCAAACAUUAUUGGACUAAAGAGAUGAACGGUUGUGUUACGACAGAAAACCAGAUUUUUGCCAUUUUAAGAGCAACAGUAUUCCUCAAUCCUGUCUGUUCUGCAGUAUUAAGCUAAGAACAGGUAAAACAGGGUAACGGUAAUCUGGACCUUAAUUUCUGCAGUUCAUUUCUUUUAAUGUUCUUGUCUGCAAAAACUCAGGAAAGUGAUUGUGAUUUGUACAGUACCUCAAAGGAAUGUGUUGAAAGCACUAUGUACUGCUGAGAGUAACAGGUUAGGCGUCAAUGUUACUUUAUAUUAAAAUGUAUGUUUACCUCAACAAUUGGAAAUAGCAAGAAAAAUUUCUUUGAAUGUAUCCAGAAAAAAUACUGAAGUGUGAUACAACUGAAUAGUUACAAUUUAAAGUAGAAAUGGAAGGAUUUUUAAAAAGUUCUUUUACUAAUUAUGGGGAAUUAACCAGAGCAGAAUAAGUCUUUAUGUCAGUAACUGCAAGAGUUCUUAGUUCAUUGCUCCUUGCUAAUUAAGUGAAAAUGUUCUUAAAAGGUACACUGGUUAAUGGAAAGCUACUUACUCAGUUUGUGUUAGUGUCUAGAACAGUCAGCCACAGACCUGGUUAGGACCCUGAGAGUCAAGUCACAGUACCUAAAAACUAUGACUGCCUUUUACUGCAUAGGUGGCGGUGAUGGUGGCGGUGGUGGUGGUGGUGGUAGCGGCGGUGGCGGUGGCGGUGGUGGCGGCGGUGGUGGUGGUGGUAGUUUGCAAGUUAUCUCUUAAACUGCUGGGAAUGGUGUCAUUCUAUUCACUAAUCUAGUUUAUAGGCUUGCUGUGCUGUUUGGUAGAAUGCAGAAGAUAGCAACAAAACACAUACACACACACACACACAUGCACGCACGCACGCACACACGCAAGUAAAGCAACCAUUCAAAAAUCUGUACAUUGUACUUCCCCCUUUGACUCCUCUCUUAUCAGUGCAAUUUUGCUUCUCAUUUUGAAAUCUGGGCUGUAGUGUUCCUGCAUUCAUUUCUACCUCAGUUUUGUUUCAUUUCUCUUAGAAAGUCAGAUAGAAAAUUGGAAGUGGACACCACACACCACAAUACAGCUUUGCCAAACAUAUCACUUUGGUCUCUUCCACCUUUCUGCAGAAAUCUUGUUUCCCCAAACUCAGUCUCUAUGCUUGCUUCCACCUCAGUCCAUGCCCUAUAGCAUAUGUGGCAGUUUCUUACUUCCCUUUUCCUGGCCUGCUUCCCCCAAGUUGUUCUUUGUAUCCUUCAAUGCUUUAUGUACAGCUCCUCACGAAAGCUGGCUGCUCUCCCACGCCUCUGAACAGUCACAGGGCAGGCUGUAGCUUUCUGAAGCCACUGCCUAUGCAUAAGCAAAACAGCCUAGCAUUUUGAAUGUAUUUUUUCUGUUUUUUUUUUCUUCUUUUUAGUUUAGAGCUACAGUAACAAAACUGUUGCAAAGCACUGGCAUUAUAUGUAUUCAAAUAAGUGAUGUACAUUUAAAAAAAAUUAAAUAAAUGUAAUGAGAAGCCCCAAGAAAAGUCUUUCUGUUAUUUUUUUUUCUUCAAAAAUUUUUUUCUGAGCUCAUCCACAACAUCAAAUUCUCUGGAAUACUUCACAUAGAGAAAGUUAAGGAGGGACUUCAUAUUUUUUAAAUUGUAUGAUGUAUGAUCAUUACUGCUCUUUUAUUCAUGUUAAUAAAUAAUGAGCAAAUAUACCAGAUUUUAAUUUGCUAUGAUAUUCCAUCAACUUAAUCCGGUCAGAUAGGAAUAUUCCAUAUUAAAAAGCAGUGCCUUUCAUUAAGGAUACAAAAAAUAAUACUUCAGUGUCUCCUCUGCUUUUCACAAGUGAAUAAAUGCUGCGGGCCUGUUCUGUGCAUCCCUGUUUGUAAGGAAAUUCUAAUAUCCGCAUUAACUUGUAGGUUCAUGUUGAUCUCACUGACAAGUUUACUUUUGCACAGUGCUGACCUAUUUUCUGUCUUUUACACGUUGCAUCUCAUUUCUGCCAGUGUGCUGUAUUCACCUGAAAGCAUCUGGCAGGUUUUGUGGAACCCAGGCUUAUUUAGACAGCUUUGGAAAGUUCCACGUCAACCCCCAUUUCCGUGGCUAGUGAGACUUAAUGCCAAAUAUAUGACUGCUUUGUGGUUUUUCACACUCAUUUGUCACGCUGACAAUACAUUGAAGUCAUACAUACUGGCUUUAGCUUUACAUGGCUUAAAAAUUAGUUUGAGAUGUGAGUGGUCAAAAAUCAGUGUAUACUUACCAGAAGCUGAAGCUGUGUGUGAUUUUCAUGUAGCCUCAGGAGUUGUAGAACGUAAUCUCUUAGGAAAUGAGGCAUGUUGAAGAAAUGAAGACCUGUUGGAGGAAUUAGGGCUGAUCUUUGGAAGGAUAGUUCUCUCCUGUGGCUCUUCGGUUGUACAUGGCAGCGUAGGAGCUCGUCUGUGGACUAGCCCAAGAGUGAGCUCUUUUCUGACCAUCUACCUUGGGGCUUGCAGCAGGGCGGGGGCUACCGCAUCCUCAGAAUCUGUGUGUACAAUCAGUGAUAGGACAACUAAGUUAUCAGGCUUCAUCUUGUUGACCUCCCUUUAACUAGUAAGAAUUUCAAGAGGACUCCUAAUAAAGGUAAGGUAAACAGUCAGCCCGAAUCCCUUGGCUGUCCGGCCAGAAGAUUCAACCAGUCUGUUUAAUAGCACCUCAUUCUCAUCUUCACAACUGUAAUGACAUUUCCACAGGAACGAAAAGAAGGAAGUGAGAGUAACUACUUCAGGAGAAGAAUCAAUAGAAAUUCAGGAGGUAGUUUAUAAUGACCCAAUAUGUGACACAAAUAGAAACACUACACUUCUGGCAUGCUUCUCUCCAAAAUAUUUAGAUCAUUAGCGACAAUAUGGAAAACUUUGCUGACUGAGGUGAUCAAUGGAAUGUGAAGGCAGUAUACUUUAAGGCUAUUUACUUUCACACAGAAUGUGUAUCUAUUAGUCAGUUUGUAUUCUACUCAAAUGCAGAUAGACGGGUAUAAUGUUUUCUUGUGCAUUUGAAACCUAUCAAGGAGAAAAUAAACCAUUUCACUAAAAUACAUAGGCCAAACACCAUCUGGGCAAGUGAUAAAAGCUAUCCAGAGGCUAUGCUAUGUAUAAUAGUAAGGUCAAUUUACAUGGGUUGCAUAGUACUUGGCUAUGCAGUUCUCAAAAGAAUACAUCCAAAAAAAAAAA